AUGGCGUUUAACAUAACCGCCGUGAAAACCUCCUCCGACGGAGCAUGGCAAGGCGACAAUCCCAUCAACUUCGCCUUUCCGUUACUCAUCGUCCAAACGGCGUUAAUAAUCGCCGUCAGUCGCUCCCUCGCCGUCCUCUUCAAACCUCUACGCCAACCUAAAGUCAUCGCCGAGAUUGUCGGAGGUAUUUUGUUAGGACCAUCUGCUUUAGGUAGGAACAAGGCUUAUAUGGACCGCGUGUUCCCGCCAUGGAGCAUGCCGAUACUCGAGUCCGUCGCGAGCAUAGGCCUCCUCUUCUUCCUCUUCCUCGUCGGUCUCGAGCUCGACUUAUCAUCCAUCCGCCGCAGCGGCAAACGCGCUUUCGGAAUCGCGGUCGCGGGAAUCACGUUACCGUUUCUCGCAGGCGUUGGAGUCGCCUUCGUGAUACGCAACACUCUCUACACAGCCUCGGAUAGACCAGGAUACGCAGAGUUUCUCGUCUUCAUGGGAGUGGCUCUCUCCAUCACAGCUUUCCCCGUCCUCGCGCGUAUCUUGGCAGAGCUGAAGCUUUUGACGACGCGGGUGGGAGAAACCGCGAUGGCUGCAGCCGCGUUCAACGAUGUGGCCGCGUGGAUUUUGUUGGCUUUGGCGGUUGCGUUGGCGGGAAACGGUGAAGGCGGUGGGGAGAAGAAGAAGAGUCCGUUUGUGUCGUUGUGGGUUUUGUUGUCGGGUGUUGGGUUUGUGGGCUUUAUGUUGGUUGUGAUCAGGCCCGGGAUGAAAUGGGUCGCGAAACGCGGAUCUCCGGAAAACGACGUCGUGCGUGAGUCUUACGUGUGUUUGACUUUAGCUGGAGUGAUGGUUUCCGGUUUUGUGACGGAUUUGAUUGGGAUUCAUUCUAUUUUCGGUGCGUUUGUUUUCGGUUUGACUAUACCGAAAGAUGGAGAGUUCGGUCAGAGAUUGAUUGAACGGAUUGAGGAUUUUGUUUCCGGUUUACUCUUACCGCUUUAUUUCGCCACGAGUGGGUUGAAAACUGACGUGGCGAAGAUCAGAGGAGCUGAGUCGUGGGGGAUGUUUGGACUUGUGAUAGUUACGGCUUGCGCCGGGAAGAUCGUCGGAACUUUUGGUGUGGCGGUGUUGGUUAAAAUUCCGGUGAGAGAGGCUUUGACUCUUGGUUUCUUGAUGAACACGAAAGGUUUGGUUGAGCUCAUUGUACUCAAUAUAGGCAAGGAGAAAAAGGUGCUAAACGACGAGACGUUUGCGAUAUUGGUGCUGAUGGCACUCUUCACAACGUUCAUUACGACGCCGACUGUAAUGGCUAUUUACAAACCGGCACGUGGCACCCACCGCAAACUAAAGGACUUGUCGGCGAGCGAAGAGUCCACCAAGGAAGAGCUUCGCAUCCUCGCCUGCCUCCAUGGUCCAGCCAAUGUCUCAUCCCUUAUAUCUCUCGUCGAGUCCAUUCGAACCACCAAGAUACUGCGGCUAAAACUGUUUGUCAUGCACCUCAUGGAACUAACGGAACGAACCUCUUCAAUCAUAAUGGUGCAAAGAGCACGUAAAAACGGAUUACCUUUCGUCCACCGUUACCGUCACGGCGAGUGUAACAGCAGCGUCGUAGGAGGUUUCCAAGCCUAUCGUCAACUAGGCCGAGUCGCUGUCCGGCCUAUUACCGCAGUCUCUCCUUUACACACAAUGCACGAAGACAUAUGCCACAUGGCAGAGACCAAGAGGGUCACAAUGAUCAUUUUACCUUUCCACAAACGUUGGAACUUUGAUCAUGGUCGUGGCCACCACCGCCACCAAGACGGAGGAGGAGAUGGAAACGUAGCCGAAAACAUUGGUCAUGGUUGGAGAUUAGUUAACCAAAGGGUAUUGAAGAAUGCGCCGUGUUCGGUGGCGGUUCUUGUUGAUCGUGGGCUUGGAUCUAUCGAGAGCCAACGUUUGAACCUUGAUGGGUCGAAUGUGGUUGAAAGGGUUUGUGUGAUUUUCUUUGGUGGGCCUGAUGACCGUGAGGCUUUGGAGAUGGGAGGGAGGAUGGCGGAGCAUUCAGCUGUUAAAGUCACCAUUGUUAGGUUUUUUGUGAGAGAGACCUUGAGGAGUAACGCCGUCACGUUGCGACCGACAUCGUCUAAAGGCAAGGAGAAGUAUUAUACCUGCUUGACAACCAACGUGGAUCCAGAAAAGGAAAAGGAAUUAGAUGAAGCAUCAUUAGAAGAUUUCAAGAGCAAAUGGAAAGAAACGGUGGAAUACAAAGAAAAGGAACCAAACAAUAUAAUUCAAGAAAUAUUGUCCAUAGGGCAGAGUCAAGACUUUGACCUCAUAGUGGUUGGAAGAGGGAGGUUACCAUCCGCUGAGGUGUCGGCAUUAUCUGAGCGUCAGGCCGAACAUCCCGAGUUAGGUCCUAUCGGAGACGUGCUUGCUUCUUCGACCAACCACAUCAUCCCAUCAAUCCUUGUGGUUCAACAACACAACAAACCUCAAGUAGAAGAUAUUGCGGUUUCAAAAAUUGUAAAGGAGCCGUCUCUGAGUAUUAAUGGAGAUGCAAAUGUAUGA